AAAGAUGCCAUGUGGCAGAAGGAUAAAAAGACAGAGGUGAAGCAAAGGAAGAAGCUGCACGAGCUCAAAGAGACUCUACAGUUCUGGCACCAUCGCAACGAGUGCAAAGAGAAGUUUGAUAGGCAGGGUGUGUCUGAGGAGAAGGUGGCUGCCUGGGCCAAACACAAGGGCGUGCCUGUGAAGCGGGGGCCAGAGAGGGGCUGCUGGCUCCUCCACCACACCCAGUGCACCUCCACGGAUCCUCCGGCCGCCAGACACCAGGAGCGCCACCAGGGUCAGCCUGCGGCACCGCGAGAGGCCUGGAACGUGUCCCCAAACCCCAACAGACCUCCCAAAGCCUCCACGAGCCGACCCCAAGGGGUGCGCACCAGCGUCCGGCCCGAGAGGGUGGCACCGGCGCCGGACCUGCGUCGCAGCGUCACGCUGACCCAAGAGCCCAGGGGCCGCGCCUUCUACAAGACGUGCUGGGAGGACAAGCCCCGGGCCGCCCCUGACCUGCCCUUGGGCACCCUGAAGAGGGAGCUCUUCCCGGCGGACUACCCCUCACGCCUGGCGUCCCCGCUGGACUUCCAGAGCCACUCGGUGCUGGACCUGCCCCGGCGCCGGUGUCCGUCACCAGAAAACGAAGCGUCCCCCUGGACUGAGAUCGCCAUGCACCUGGUGGAGGAGCUGAAAGAACAAUACUAGGGAAAGGACU